AUGGAAACUUUUGAACGCACCACUGCCGGAUGGAAAGAUAUAUGCUCUACCACCAUUGCCAACCUAAUUUUGGAAGAAUUGCUGUGCCGAGUCAAGAAUGAACGUGAAUUAUUUGAUACAAAAAACGCCGAUUUGAUGGAAAAAUGGCAUCCAGAACAGUACUACUUUAACAAGAAAGAAAUUAUUCCCUAUGUCGAUAAACACUGGAAAAGUAUCUGUACAGAACGCGCACGCACCACUACUUGGUGGGCCACCCUGGGAAGCUGUCUGUACUCUUCCAAGGAUACCUUUAUUGCGCGUGAUGAACGUCAGCGAUCGGCCGCUUCCGAUUUCUGUCUGGUGGACGCGAACCUUUGGCAUAUCCGACCGAGCACAGGAAAGGCGCCCACGGCGGUUCCUCGAGCGCCACGCGAAAAACGAAAAUCCGACAUGGAUGUCCCCCCUUCAUCUGCGAGUAGUUCACGACCCCCGUCCCGUUCAGAUGUCAAAUGGCGUGCCAUCACGCCCACCACACCCUCCCCACGAUCUUCUUCUCCCAUCCUGAACCCUCACACCAUUCCUGCCGUAUUCCCAAGUUCAGGCGGUACCGCCGAUCACCCAUUCAACCGCUUUGGAUUCAAAUACAAGCCAUGUGAACCUUCUAUAUUGCCGCUGGUGGCGUACCAGCAGGCGGAAAAUAUCUUGGGAGGAUGCACACUGAGUCCUACGGAUAAAAGUUCGUAUGUCUCGGUCACUCAGGACGGACUGACCGUUACCACCGAAAAGGGAUUUCGCAUGUGUCGCGCCAACGUCGGUGUCAAGGAAGGUAAUUGGUAUUGGGAAGCCAUUGUACAGAAUGCCAAAGGAAAAGCAGGCUCCGAUGGUCCUCACGUCCGGAUAGGAUGGGCACGCCGCGAAGCCUGUCUAAAUGCACCGGUGGGUUAUGAUGCCUACGGCUAUGGUUAUCGGGACAUGACAGGAGACAAACUGUUUUGCUCUCGACCGGAACCAUUUGGUGAACCUUUUGAAACAGGCGAUGUGAUUGGAUUAUACAUCUCGCUCCCUCGGAAAUCACAGAAACCUUUUAAGAGUCCCACCCGUCGACGCAUUCCCAUCGCUUACAAAGACAACCUGUGGUUCGAAGAAAAAGACUUUCGUCAAAGUAAAGAACUGGAAGCUUUGGCAGAUCCGUACCAGAAAAAAGAGGACGUGGAUGCUUAUGAACCACAAACGCUCCCUGGAUCUUACAUUGCCGUCUACAAGAAUGGGGUCUACCUCGGUGUCAUGUUUAAGGAUUUAAUUGAUUACGAAGAUUUCGGUCGGUUACCGGAAAUGGUGAUGGCAAGGCGAAACAAGAAACGGAGAAAACAUAAACGAGAUAAUAAUGGAACCCAACGCAUGCGGAUGGAAGAAGACGAGUUUGACGGCGUACGGCAUCAGCAGUGGACUGAGGAUCCUCCCCUAGAGGACGACGGCACGCUCGGUUACUAUCCUGCUGUGAGUGUAUUUAAAGGCGGCAUGGUCACGUGCAAUUUUGGUCCUGAUUUCCAGUACCCACCGACCCAGUCGGAACCUUGGAAACCCAUGAGCCAACGAUACAGCGAAUACAUGGCUGAGGAGUGUGUCUGGGACCUGGUAGAUGAAGUGUCAAAAUCUUUCCGCCGAUCUGAACGAAUAUAA